AUGUCCAAUGACUUUGACCCUCGAAGUAGUCGACGUUGUAAGAAUGACAAUGUCUGGCUUCAUGACUCACAGAACCAAAAUGCAAUGGAUAGUGGCGACUCUUCUUGUACUACUGGUAGGCAAGACGAAGCUAUUGGCGCACGUGACGAAGCUAUUGGCGCACGUGACGUGCACCCGUCCAGCACUGAGUCCCAAAGAGGUGUGUCAUCAGCUGCUUCGAUGCACAUGAUGGCGAAUGAAACCUCUUCGACGUCAAAGUCAAACCAAAUAUUACCUUCCCUAUCAUCGCAUAGUGCAGCACUUCAUGACCAGCAAUGCAGUAGAAGCAACUCUUCGUCAACUCUCAUACCACUUGUAAAACUGCAGGAGCCAAGCAAGCAGAGUGGAGCUAGUAAUCAAAAUUUGCUGCAUCCGAUUCGUCGCCAACGAGAAGAGGAAAACACACUGAUUCCGGACCAAAAUUCUACCGACAAUGAAUAUAAACAGGUCGAGGACAAAGUUUUGUCUGCAUCUUCCGUACCCGAGUCUGAAAAAGACGUGCGUAUAAUGUUCCAUGGCCGCAAAAUCUAUGCUCAUGACCUGAUUGGUCUGCGUGUGGCCAAAACAUUUCCUGGAUACGGACGAUUCUUGGGUCAGGUCGUCAAGUUUGACACAGCAACUUCGCUGUAUACAGUCGUAUACGCAGAUGGUGCUGCAGAGGAUCUGACGAUCGAUGACACAUUGGAAAUCUUGAUUCAAGACGAAAUUGAGCGUGCGGAUCCAACGCAACCAUUGCCUGAUAUAUCUUUAUUUCAAAGAGAGAGUGAGAAGGAAUCGUACCCUGUAACUUCGUAUACAAAUGACUUGAUGAUGGCUCCCUUAUGUCGUGGACUCAUUCAAGUGAGUGAUCGUGAAGCGCAAUUUGUGAUUAGUCUGUUUGAAAAUCAUGCGCUCCCUAGUCUAGUGCGUCAAGGCUGGCGAGUACAGACAAAUAACUCUGGACUAGGCGACACAUGUUUUGUCUCCUCUACCGGCGAACGUUUUCUAUCACCUUUGGAUGUUGUGGCACAUAUCGCAUCAAACAACGAGCUGUUACAAACAUGCUUUCCUUCUAAUGUUCACUCGGCCAUUUUGUCGCUUCUACCACAUAAAGAUGCAGUCAGCUCGAAUACGUUUGCUGAAACGCAGAAUAUUUAUAAAACUUCUGGAAAUGCAUCACGCAAACGAAUGGCUUUUGAUCUGCCUCUGUCAAGUACUAAGCCCUCCGAUUGCAAACGUACGCGACAGGCACAGGAAGGUACAUUUGUAGGAGCAGAGUUGAUGCAUGAACGAAUGGGACGGAGCAGUGAUUAUACAUCAUACCGAGGUGGAGAUAGAAAUUCCCAGAAACAAGUCUCCUAUGGUAGUCACUUUAGUGAUAAUAUGAAUAUAAGUGAAGCUUGCAAACAGACACAUCCCGAAUUGCAAGGAUAUAGAAGCGUCUCGAAGCAUGGUCUGAAUGGUUUGAACUUGAAUAAUUCGGCUUCGCAUCAAUGGUCCGGUGUUACUUUAAAGCCCAGUAGCGAGAAUAUAACUUCAUAUGCUCGCAGCUUUGAAGACUCAUCUGGAUGGUGUGAAAGAAACGAUGUGUAUGUGUCUGAUCGCCAGCUCGAAACUCACUUCAUCACACACAAUCAAGUUGAAGGACGGUACAUGCAUCAUCCAAGUGCACGGGAACCUGUCACUGUGAUGAAUAGACGACAUUUAUCAGGCAGAUUUUAUCAAGACUCGACAAAUAUAGGCUCUAGCGUCCAAGGAAGCUCUGAUCUCGCAUAUCCUCAGUACUCUACAAUGCAAGCAAAAGUGGGUGAAUUUAGACGAACAUCUUCUGUAUCUCGGUCUUUGCGCGAAAUAGCAAGCUUUACGUCUCCGUCUGAUUCUCACGGUUCAAAUGCAGCUUUCUCGAUGGUCGAUGUCGAUCGCCUCUCCAAGUCGCGAUCUGGUAGUACCGAUGCAGAUCUAGAACGAGGUCGCUCUUCACGACAAACCGACUCGCAACAGGUUUAUUUACAACAUCAAUCUAUGCAGCAGCAUCGUCACACACGCAGGAGUCAUGGAAGUGAAAUUCACUACAACUCUGACCGUGGUAGGGAUGCUCAAAAGUAA